AUGCCACCCAAACGCAUCGCCGUCGUCACCAGCAGCACACGCUCCCCGCGCCUCAACCCGACCAUCACCCAGUACGUCUAUGACGUCCUGACCAGUGACCCAACACUGCCGACGAACAAACCCUCGCCCGCCUCCCCCAGCGCCAUCGACACCAACCCACGCCACAUCACCUUCACCAUCGUCGACCUGGCCAAGCAAUCCCUCCCCCUGUACGACGAAGCCGUCAUCCCCGCCAGCCUCCCCGCCGACAACCCGACACCACACUACACAAAGCGGCACUCGCGCGCGUGGUCCUCCGUCGUGCGCGGCUACGACGCGUUCAUUUUCGUCACGCCGCAGUACAACUGGAGCAUUCCGGCCAGUCUAAAGAAUGCGCUGGACUAUCUGUACCACGAGUGGAAGGGGAAGCCCGCGGGAAUUGUGUCGUAUGGGUCGCGGGGCGGCGGGAAGGCUGCGGAUCAUCUGCGGGGGGUGUUGACGGGGCUGAGGAUGCGGGUUGUGCGUACGGCGCCUGGCUUGGCUGUGAGGCAUACGGGAUUGCCUGUGGGUGCGUUGUCGGAGGAGGAGGAGAAGGUGGAGUUGGAUGCGCGGGAUGUGGCAGGGUGGAAGGAGGCGGGCGUGGAGGGGAUGAUGAGGAAUUUGGGAAUGGAGUUGGUGUGCGAGUUGGAUAAGGAGUAG